ACAUUUCAUACACACUCUUCUCACACACAAAGACACGAAGCAAACGCUCUUUGUUUCUCUCUCUGCUCUCUAGAGCUCUGUGGCUUCGUGUUCUGUUUGGUUUUUCCGAUUCUCGGUUGGCCUAUCUUUGUUCUUGAAGCUCAGUCUAUAAAAGACCAUUCUGAGUCUGAUACAGAGUCCUCUGCCUCUUGCUUUGCUCUCUUUCAGUGUGUUUUGUAACUCAUCCUCAUCCCCAUACGUCUUAAUCUAUUACCGCUUCUGAAAUCUUUUAAGAGAUGACUAAGCAAAAUGUGGUAGUGUCCGACGCUGACUCCCAAAUCAUGAACAUGGCGGUAUCGGUUGCUGUCUCGAACGCUUCGGUGUUCCCUGCGGCGGCGGAGAAGCCUCCGAUGGCGCCGGGUGGGUAUAUCUCCAUUUCGAGGAAGAAGUUGAUGAACUUGAAGAACCUUGACAUUAUUAAUGGAGGUGAAAGAAUCACCUCUUGGGUGGACUCAAUGAAGGCUUCAUCUCCCACCCAUAUUCAGUCCUCUACUUGUUUGAUGAAGGACCAGAGUUCUUGGAUGCUGCAACAUCCAUCUGCGCUAGAUAUGUUCGAGCAAAUAAUUGAAGCUUCCCAAGGAAAGCAAAUAGUCAUGUUCCUCGACUAUGACGGCACUCUCUCCCCAAUAGUGGAAGACCCAGAUCGAGCUUUUAUGUCUGAUUCUAUGAGGAAGACAGUGAAAAGACUUGCUAGGUGUUUCCCCACUGCAAUAGUAAGCGGCAGAUGUAGGGAUAAGGUCUACAAAUUUGUACGAUUGGCAGAGCUUUACUAUGCUGGUAGCCAUGGUAUGGACAUUAAAGGUCCAGCAAAAGGUUCCAAAUACAAGAAAGGUGGCCAAGGCGUUCUUUGCCAGCCAGCUAGCGAGUUUCUUCCAAUGAUUGAUGAAGUUUAUAAGCUACUGAUUGAGAAGACCAAAUCAACUCCUGGAGCUAAAGUUGAGAACAACAAGUUCUGUCUCUCUGUGCAUUUUCGCUGUGUUGAUGAAAAGAAAUGGAGUGAACUGGCCUUGCAAGUUAGAUCAGUUUUGAAGGAGUACCCACAGCUUAGACUCUCCCAAGGAAGAAAGGUCUUGGAAAUCCGUCCUACCAUCAAAUGGGACAAAGGCAAGGCUCUUGAAUUUUUGCUGGAGUCACUUGGAUACGCCAAUUGCAACGAUGUUUUCCCUGUGUAUAUUGGAGAUGACCGAACCGAUGAAGAUGCGUUUAAGGUAUUAAGAGAAAGAGGACAAGGGUUUGGCAUUCUCGUCUCCAAAAUUCCAAAGGAGACCAGCGCAACUUAUUCUUUACAGGAACCAGCUGAGGUCAUGGACUUUCUCCAGCGCUUGGUUGAGUGGAAAAGACAAGCAGUACGGGGCCAAGCUAUGUUGUAAAGAUGAGGGUAGAAGAUGGAAGAGAUCAGUAUAAUCCCAGGCACCCUUCCAAGUGUUUUUUACAAAGGGGUGGAGUUAAUUUGGGAAGUUAAUUAGAUAAUGUAAUUUUCUGCUGCUCAAGAUUAAGCAAGUGUAAAAAGGGCAAGAAAAAGGGAGAAAAAUUGUAACUUUUUCUUGGCCGAAAUGCCUUGUACAUUUUGUAUUUAGCCCCUGUACAAGGAAACGUAUAUGUACGUAACUUUGCAUGUUUAUUAAUGCACAGUGAUUAUUGUGACCUAAAA